UGUAGCAGUUUCCUCAAAACUAGCUGGACAGCUAAACAUCCCCCAUAACACAGUGUAAAACUUUGCCUCGGGAAACAGUGGUAUACACUUUAACACUUCAGGCUGAGCCUUUCAUACGGUUAUGACGUGACUUUGGUGCCGGCGGUGACUGAGCUCAACAGCGGGCCUGUUUUUUUUGGAAAGCUCCGCAUCUCUUAAACCAAGUCCGGACUGAGCAGGAUGCUAGCAUGCGUCGUUAGCAAACCGAGGCAGGAAAUUAGCUGGUUAGCUUCGACAUCCAGUCAAGUAUUAUGAGGCUGAAGUUUCCCUCUUAUUACUCACACUGAGGUUAAAUACUGACGACGCGAUGAACAGCGAAGCAAUAGUGAUCCGUAUAAAAACGCCGUCUGGAGAUAUGGACUCGUCCGUGGACUGUCCAUCUCUCCUGAACUUCAAUGACUUGCUGGUCGCAAUCAGAGAUGUCAUGCCUGAAGCCACUGUCACCGCCUUUGAAUAUGAAGAUGAGGUGGGAGACAGAAUCACAGUAAGAAGUGAUGAAGAACUCAAUGCCAUGUUGUCAUAUUACUGCAACACAAUGAAUGAACAACGCAUGAAUGGACUGCUGCCGGACCCUCUGCAGAUUUUUCCAAGAGCCGGCAAGACUCCAGGGAUCCGGAACAUACAUGGCCUGAAGGUUAAUACAAGGCCUAACCCAGUGAAUGACUGCAGUCAUGCUGUCCCAGACUCUAUAGCCAACAACAGCUUAAAAAAGUCAUCUGCCGAGCUGAAGAGGAUCUUGACAAAUGGCCAGAUAAAUGCCCAAGAUAUCCACUAUCAGGAGCAGCUUGGCCAUGGAAAUGGAGGCACAGUUUACAAAGCAUACCAUGUUCAUGGCAAACGGGUUUUAGCCGUCAAGGUCAUUCCUCUGGAUAUCACGGUGGAAUUACAGAAGCAAAUCAUGUCAGAAUUAGAAAUUCUCUACAAGUGUGAUUCGCCCUACAUCAUCACUUUCUUCAGUGCCUUUUUUGUAGAGAACAGGAUAUCAAUAUGCACAGAAUUCAUGGAUGGUGGCUCUCUGGAUGUCUACAAAAGAAUUCCAGAACAUGUGCUUGGGAGGAUUGCUGUGGCAGUAGUCAAAGGCCUGACAUAUCUGUGGAGCCUGAAGAUACUUCACAGAGAUGUCAAGCCUUCCAAUAUGCUGGUGAACACCCGAGGACAAGUCAAGCUCUGUGACUUUGGUGUCAGCACACAGUUGGUGAAUUCUAUUGCCAAAACAUACGUGGGAACUAAUGCAUACAUGGCGCCGGAAAGGAUAUCGGGAGAACAGUAUGGGAUCCAUGCAGAUGUUUGGAGCGCGGGCAUCUCUUUCAUGGAGCUGGCGCUUGGCAUGUUCCCCUAUCCACAGAUUCAGAAAAACCAAGGAUCUUUAAUGCCUCUCCAGUUACUGCAAUGCAUUGUUGAUGAGGAUCCUCCGGUUCUUCCUGUCGGCCAGUUUAGUGAAAAGUUUGCUUACUUCAUCACUCAGUGUAUGAGGCGAAACCCCAAAGAGAGACCUGCACCUAAUAACCUCAUGGAUCAUCCCUUCAUCGUGCAGUAUAAUGAUGGAAAUGCCGAGGUGGUGUCGAUGUGGGUUUGCCGCUGUCUGGAGGAGAGGCGGGCUCAGCAGGCUCAGGGACGCAUGUGACCUCCUCCUGUCGUCCAACCGUGACAGACCAGGACGUUUGAUCCCAAACACCCAUUAAAAAAGGAUUCAGGGUCAAAUACGUCUAUAUGCACUGUACCUUAAUAUAUAUGGACAAAAAUCACUAGAUGUUACUUUAUGUGAGCAAUUCUUUAUGUAACAGCACCCCUGGGGUGUGACAUCGAGGAGCACGCUCGCAUCCUUUGAACUGAAUAUUAAUCUCUGCAUCAGCGGGUCUCCGCCUGCAGAUGCUUUCCAUUUUAAGAGAAUCCCAAAAAGCAGUGACCAUCACAGUCCGAUGAGCGGAGAGGUCGAUGGUCCUGAUUUAAGGGACAGGAAGAAACUUCAAAGUACAAGACUCCUACGUGCUGACAGAGUUGCGCUCUGCUUCGAUGAUGGUAUCCCAAAUAGCCGUCUUGUGCUUUACUGUUGACAGCCCUCCCAUGAAUGUUAAGGUUUUGCCUGUGAGUAAAUGCCCAUCUGUGUGCCUAUUUUUUCCAGCGCUAUAAUUUGUUACCUCAGCAAACUUGAUUUGUCACUGCAAUAGCAAAACUUCCCCCAAAAUAUGCUCAACCUUUAACUCUUGGACUUGAACGUGUGUAUACAAUUGUUCCUGAGCUGGUUAGGUUGAGGGUUUCCUGCAGUAAGUCUGCACUGCAGUGUUUAAAGUAAAGAGCAAUAUUCUAAAAGCCAUUAAGAAUAAGGGAAAAUACAGCUAAAAGUAUAAUCUCCCCUGACAAAGCACCACUGUUUAAAAAUGUUUUUAUUGUGACCACUAAGUUACUUUAGAAUAAAAUGUCAUUUAUUAUUAGACAUUUCACUGGGUUGCCUAAGAGAUCACUUUAUUUUGCUGCAAAGGGAAAACGUUAAUGCAGUGUACUUGACACCAAAGAUGAUACAGAUGGUGAAUUAUAUGGAUUUCUCAUGACUUAGGCAAACAUAAGAGGCUAAGUGACUCAAAUCAAUUGUUUCAAAAAGGUUUUUACGUGCAGCCGAUGAAAUGUGUAAUGCUUAAGUGCAAUUAAAUGGCAUUGCUUCCACAUAUUCACAGCGAACGUUGCUUACAGUGGCACGAUCUGCAGUGUGUGAAUCAAAGGAAGCAAAUGCAACAGAAAAAAAACAUGAGCUGCAGGUUUAUUCUUCUUCAGCGAAAGAUGUGGUUUCAUCCUUUAAGUUGAGGAUACAUGGACAGCAGUUUCCUUUAUGAGUGAUCAGAAACUGAAAAUGUAUCAAACAGUCAAACAUGCUCCAUCGUGUCAUUCAUAAUGUGGGGAAUCCUGAAGGUUGCAAUAUUUAGUUUGAGUAUUUUGCAUAUUAUUUCUAAAAUGGACAAACAAUUAGCAGCUCAAAAAGUUCAGGACGCACUGCUUACCUUACCUGCGUGUGGCAUUCACAGAACCUCUUAUUUCUCAUUCCAGCAGCUGCACAGCCCGCACGAGGCGCGCGUCUGGGAAGCAGCUUGAAUCUCUCUCCUCAUACAGAGUUUCUUAACAAAAUUAGGCGAACACUGCACUCUCCCCUCAGGGUUGGAAGUAACAGCACAAACGCUGCAGACCUACAGUCAAAGGUUUCAGCCCAUCACACAGAGGUAAAAGUAGGCCAGUUCAGAUAGAAGGUGGGGGAAAAAAUCCCAGGUAAACCUGAGUUCUGACUGCAGUUCACAUUUUAUCCACUAUAUUGCAAAUUCAGCAGGUUAUAAGUUUGGGUUGGCCAUAGUUGUCCCACGGUGUAAUGUGUUUAAAGCUAAUUGAAGGUUGCUAAGGAGAAAUGUGUAUUCCCCGAUCAGUUGGUGAGCAGUUGCUGUGAAGUCAAUUGCUUGAGCCCCAGUUGCACAAGCCUAGAGACCAGUCAGUGACCCCCCCCCUUCCCCCGAUAACCACCAGUCCCAAGGGAAAACUCUGUAUUCUCCAGUCUUUGCAGGCGGUGAAAAGUGAAACUGGUUGCAAAGAGGUAUAAUAACCACCUUGCGCUCGCUUUGGUCACUAGUAGAUUGUUGUGUUGUCAUAGUUUGCAAGGAAGACACCAGUUUGUUCACCUUCAAAGUAAAAGUUUGGAGUUUUGAAAUGUGCUGGCUGUCACAUUUUUUUCAAUUUUUACUGCCACUCUGCAGUAGUUACCAAGUGCUUAGGGACAAAUCAGCGUUUUCCAUACAAACUACAGACGAUCACAGCAAGCUGCUGGCGGUGGAAGCAAUCGCAAGGAGGUUUGCGGCUAGUUUCAGCCGGCAGCUGCUCACCAGUCGGUCAGGGAAUACACAUUUUUCCCGACCGGUGGGGCCACUGACCAUCCUCUGAGCUGCGUUUUGAUAAAAAUUUUCUCACAAGAAAACAAAGAAAAAUCCAAAAUAUCCUGAAAUACAUUGUGAGUUAUGUACUGCAUGUUUUUGGCGCGGUCGCUGUUAUGCUGCGAUGUUCCAGCUGUGAACAUUAGACAAACACUGGAAGUUUAUCGGGUUACAAAGUGGAAGCUUUUUGUCAUUGCUCCCUGAUCUCCUGAUUUUCUGUGAAUUUGAUGUGGUCACACCUUAAAUUAUGUUUCAUAUAUAUUUGAAUGAUCUAAUAUGAAAAACAUUACACAUUACAAUGUGCUUUUUGGCAUUUUUGUGCCUUUAUUUGACAGAAACAGCAACAAAUUAUGACCCACCAGGAAUCAAACUGGGGACAGUGGUUAAGGCGCUUCCACCCUUACUGCUCAGUUAUUGGUCACCAUCAGAUAAACCAACAAUGCCACGAUAAGUAAUUUAUUGCCACUGUUUGCCUCGUAAACCUGCAAAGGAAGUCCAGCCGUUUACUUUUACAAUUUUUUUUUUUCCUUUGGUUGUUGAUGUUUUAUUUUUUAUAAUGUUUGUGCAAGAUGCCAUUUAUUUACCUAUUGAAGUCACUACUCUUGUAACAGGUGAAAAUGAAAAAUUGAAGGUGUUCCUGUCACUGAAAUGCAUCAUUGUGGAUUCUUCAACAGUUGCACAGAGUAGAUUAGGUUCUCUGCAUUAUACUCAGUUUGAUCACACACUUAAUACAGUACAUCGGUGAGACAGCCACAUGAUACUAGGCUGGCCUUUACAAAAUAGUAACUGAACUGUUUUGUUGCUCAUGAACAGUGUGGUGACUUUUCUUGCCAAGCAAAUGAAACCAAGACGAUGGCAACACUUCACAUUUCUGGACAGUUGUGCACUUUGAUGAUUUUGAAAUGUUCUCACAGACUCUGACUUUAAACAGGAAUCUGUCGUAAAAAGAAAGAAGAGGGACGGCCUGCUUCUGAUGGAGCUCGUCUCUCACUCUGUUUCUCUUGUUUUCUCCUGAACUUCAGAACAUAAAGUCAGUGAUGAGAUUCAGCAGAGGUAUCCGUGCUGUGAUAUUACUGUCUGACUAUGGCCUUUCUGUAAUUAUCCAUGUUGGCACAUAUUCCUGCCAUAAUAAAUAAAAGGUAUUUAAACAAUAA